AUGGCAGGGAGCUUUUAUGUUGAUAUUAUUCAAGUAGGUGUAUCAAUGAUCUUAAUUAUUGCAAUAGGUUAUAUCCUUUCAUGGUUACAACUCUUUGAUGCCGAUGGUUUUAAAGCAAUGAACGCAUUUUCAGCAAAAAUUUGUUUUCCUUUUUUACUUUUCAGAUCCAUGGCUUCACGUCCUUUUAAGGAAAUCUCAGUUAGGCCUUUGUACAACGCUCUUUUAUCAAGUGCCUCUUCACAAAUUGUUCUAUUAGUAAUAUUUUUCUUUAAAUUCGAUGAUAGAUUGUAUACUUAUCUUUCGACUGUUAUUUCUAGCUGUUAUAUUAACUAUAUCAUUCUUGGUUUGCCUAUUUUCACUUCAAUUUGGGGAAAUAACUACAACCAAAUUCCAGCCAUUUCAUCGUUUUGCCAUUACAUAUUACUCGUUCCAUUGUUCAUUAUUAACUCACAACUCUGGAAGAUCAAAAAAGAAAAAGAAGAAUUGUUCAAAAAGCAACAAUUGGAAGGUGGCAAAAAUGCAGAUGUUAAGUUGCAAAAACUUACAUGGAAAGAUGUUGUAAUGGCAUUUUGGACUGCCGUUAAAACACCUCUUGUUGUUGGUAAUAUUAUAGGUAUAAUUUGGUCAGCAAUCGGUAUUCCAUUCCCUCCAUUUUUCAAGAAACUAUCUGAUUACGUUGGCGAUGGCAUUACAUUAUUUGCUCUUCUUGGUAUUGGAAGAUUCCUUCAGCAGAAAUCCCUUAUUUCCUGCCACUGGUUCCAACUGCUAUCAUGUCUUGUUGUACGUUUCUUCAUAUUUCCAGGUUUCUCCUUCCUUUGGUCAUAUGUUUUCAAAUUCCCCAACAGAAUAGCAAGACAAUGCCUUGUUUUAUCCAUGUUGCCGGCUGCUAAUGCAGGAUUCAUUCUCGCUAACUCAGUUGGUAUUGGAGCGAAUGUUGCAUCUGCUAUGGUUUUCUGGUCCUUGAUUUUCCUUGUUCCUGUAUUGCUUUUGUGGUUCUACAUAUUAGAUCAUUAUGAUAUAUUCCAUGAUGACUUGUCAGAUAUUGAAAAAACAUAG